AACUCUAAGCUCUUCAUUAAACCUCUAUACUUCAUUCCCCACCAUUUUUCUUGCCUUAAUCUUGUGAAACUCCACUUAAAAAACACAACGAAAACACGUUCUCAUUGUCACUUUACAGUACUGGUUCUCUUCAAUAACUUCACUUUCACUGAAUCUUUAAAAAAAAAAAAAGUUGAACAAACAAGAAGAAGAAAAAGCAAAAUUUGAAGAGCAACAAGAUGUCAUUUGUUUUGGGAGUUGUAGUUGGGCUUAUAGCUGGAGUUGGUUUAAUAGUUCUGUUUGUUAAAUCUGAAAAUUCCCGAUCCAAACUCCGUUCUGAACUGGCUGCUACAAUAGCAGCGUUUGCUAGAAUGACAGUGGAAGAUUUCAGAACGAUUUUUACACCUGACCACUAUCCUUCUUGGGUUGUUUUCUCCAAUCAGCAGAAGUUGAAGUGGCUUAAUUCUCAUCUUGAAAAGCUCUGGCCUUAUGUGGAUGAGGCAGCAUCAGAACUGGUAAGAUCAAGUGUGGAGCCAAUUUUGGAACAAUAUAGACCUAUGAUUUUGGCUUCAUUGAAAUUUUCCAAGUUUACUCUUGGUACUGUUGCUCCUCAAUUCACAGGAAUUUCUAUUCUUGAAGAUGGAAGUGAAGGUAUUACCAUGGAAUUAGAGAUGCAAUGGGAUGGGAACCCUAGCAUUAUACUCGAUAUCAAGACAUAUGUUGGUGUGGCGUUACCGGUGCAGGUGAAAAACAUUGGGUUUACUGGGGUUUUCAGGCUGAUCUUCAGGCCGCUUGUUGAUGAAUUUCCCUGCUUUGGAGCUGUUUGUUAUUCACUAAGGCAAAAGAAAAAGCUGGAUUUUACGCUUAAAGUGGUUGGUGGUGACAUGACAGCAAUACCUGGCAUUUCUGAUGCAAUUGAGGGCACUAUCCGCGAUGCUAUUGAAGACUCUAUCACAUGGCCAGUUCGAAAAAUUAUUCCCAUUUUGCCUGGGGAUUAUAGUGACCUUGAACUGAAGCCUACUGGAGUAUUGGAGGUGAAACUUGUUCAAGCAAAGGAGUUAACAAACAAAGACCUCAUUGGUAAAUCUGAUCCUUUUGCCGAGUUAUAUGUCCGCCCUAUACGAGAUAGAAUGAAAAAGAGCAAAACAAUUAACAACCAAUUGAACCCAGUGUGGAAUGAGCAUUUCGAGUUUGUAGUUGAAGAUCCGUUGACACAACACUUAGUGGUAAAGAUCUAUGACGAUGAAGGGCUUCAGGCAGCUGAACUAAUCGGAUGCGCACAUAUCCGUUUAAAUGAGCUUGAGCCUGGAAAGGUGAAGGAUGUCUGGUUGAAAUUGGUGAAAGAUUUGGAGAUCCAAAGAGACCAAAAGAACAGGGGACAGGUGCACUUGGAGCUAUUGUAUUGUCCUUAUGGCAUGAAGAAUGGGUUCAGUAACCCUUUUGCGCCGAAUGUGUCAAUGACUUCACUGGAGAAGGUACUUAAAAGUGGAGCAGAAGGAAAAGAAGCUGCCCAAAAUGGGGGUGAAAUCAACAGGCGAAAGGACGUAAUAGUACGGGGUGUACUUUCUGUAACGGUGAUAUCAGCUGAUGAUUUGGCCCCAACUGAUCUAAUGGGGAAAGCUGAUCCUUAUGUUGUGGUUACUAUGAAGAAGACUGAAACCAAGAACAAAACCAGGGUUGUGCCGGAAAGUCUAAAUCCAGUGUGGAAUCAGACUUUUGACUUUGUCGUUGAGGAUGGGUUACAUGAUAUGCUAAUUCUAGAAGUGUGGGACCAUGACACCUUUGGAAAGGAUUACAUGGGAAGGUGCAUAUUGACAUUGACAAGAGUACUAAUGGACGGUGAAUAUAAAGAAACCUUUGAAUUAGAUGGAGCAAAAUCAGGGAAACUCAACAUGCAUCUCAAAUGGGCACCACAGCCCAUAUACAGGGACUCCUAAUGAUGAAAAAUUUAUAGGAAUGUUUUUUUGUUGUUGUAAGACUUGUAUACAAUACAAGUUAAUUUUGUAUCUUUUGUUAUAGGCAGUGACAAUUUGUAGAACUAAUCAUUUUUGUAGAUAAUUGUUUGAUUAAUGCAGAGGAGAUAUUAAUGUAAAGCUGCAAAACUUCUGAAGUGAAGCUGAAGCUGGAGAAAGAAUAAAAUGUAGUAUAGGCUUACAUAUAUAAACUUGGAUUUAAGGCGUUUGUUUGGUUAUGGAGAUUUAAUUCUGUGUUAA